GUAUUUCCUGGAAAAGUUUACAGAAGAGUAAACACAGACAGACGUACAGAUAAACAUACAGGGAGGACACACACCAAGUCGUCUUGGCUGUAAAUCAUGUGGGAACUUUUUCUUUCCCCCGCGCACUGAAUGGUGUAGGAGCCAGGAGCAAGUGACCAAUCCCCGCUCGCCAGAGGGCGUCCCGAGUAACGCGAUUGUGCGCUCGCCCCAGCGCGACGCCCUUAAAAGGGGGGACAAGCGGACGAACUUUGGACGGAUGCUAACUCGGCUGCGACAACUCGCCUGCACCCUGCAUUCUGCUCCCUUCCACAGUGGUCUUCAUAAGAAACAUUUCCUUCACUCCUUCGAGAGGUAGUCUUGUCUCACAUCGCAGACUUCAUCUACUGACGAGAAAGAAUCGUCGAGGAUAUUGGACAGUGUUCUUCAACUUGCGUUCUAGAUAGGUUGCAAUAUUUUCUUUGCUGACUUUUCAUUAGCGCUUAAGGACAAUUUCGGAGGACGGAGACUUUUUUUGCUGUUCUUACUAAGCGAGUUUUGUGGUCGAGAAAAUGUGCAGGCCUGCUUCAUUGACUAUGAUGUCCCUCCUCUUGGUGGUUUCCAACUUUGAGAAUCUGGCGAACGCAGCUGAUGUCAGCUUCCGGAAAGUGGAAUUGCCGUGUACUGACCGCGCUGCCAUUCAGUGGGUGAGAGACCCGGCAAACUGUGCUCAGUACUACAUCUGCCAUUUUGGCCAGCCCCUUGCCAUGCCUGCCUGUCCCUACGGGCAAGUGUGGGGCAUCAAGGCCAGGAACUGCGUGCCUGAAGACUCGCGCUGGAACGAUUGCAACGAGACAGGGGAGGUACCCAAAGAUAUCACCAAGGUCCCUAAGAUGAACGAUUUUGAGAGCUCGAAGAAAACAAAACCGAACUUCUACGCACUGACGGUGUCCUCUCCAGACUCUAUUAUCGUGUCGUUUGAACCUCUGACCUCGACGACUCCUUCCUACCCUCAUUCCUCUUCUUCUUCCACCCCGGUUAUCACGAGGUCCCUCGAUAUUCCUUCUCCCCGGCCUUCAAAGAAUUAUUCUGUUUACGAGAAAGAUAGCAAGAAGAUCAAAACUGUUUACGGUGAAAUCGGGAAAACCGGUAAAAUCAAACCGUACCCGAGGACAGACAAGCAGGAGGUAGUGAAGGAGACUGCAUCCCCAUCAGUGGCCAGCCCCUUCCAGCCGUGGUCACCCAGAAGCUAUCAGAUGUACACCUUCUACACACAGACUUCGUCACCCGCCACGAGCAGUGUCACGCAGCCGGCCACCCCGGGUCCCGUCCAGUCGACGACAGUCACCGCUACGUCACUGCAGACGACGCCAGCUGUGUCAACCACAACGUCGACGUCCACCAGACUCGUGUCGUCUGCAGAAACCGUGACGGCGAUGACGACGGCUGCAACUCUGGACUUGACAACUGCUUCUCCACCAACAACAGCAACAAGUCCUUCAGAAAGAAGACGGCUGACCUCCCCUAGCUGGUCACUAGCGCCCCUUGACGGUACUACCACAGCCCUUCCAGAAGGUCACCCUUGUCGUGCAAAUCCCGGCACACUGGUCGCGUAUCCUUCCAACUGCAACUGGUACUACAACUGCACAGUUGCGGCCCUUGUGCAUCUCGACGGCCACGUGGCGGCGCUGGAGGAGGAAUGUCGAUAUCCGCAACUGUUCGACACAGUGACGUCACGCUGCCGGGAGUUCAUCAACGUACAGUGCGGCGACCGCUUUGAACCUGUUGACCCUUGUGAGUAUCACAAGCUUCAGUGCCGGAGUGCAAACUGCAUUCCAUGUCAGAACCGCUUCGGAACGUGUCGGGGGAGGGAGAACGGCAUCUACCCGUUCCACACGGAGCGCUGGACACCCACGUUCGUCACGUGCUACCAGCAGCGGAACAUCGCGCAAGACGACUGCCAGCCACCCACCCCGAUCUUCUCACCCGAGGUGCUGGACUGCGUCAGCCUCUUUGACGUGCCCAAGACACGGGGUGGCCUGCGGCCGGAGUGCUCUCUGAGGGAGGACGGAAUCUACCCGGAUGAACAAGGAAGGUGCGGAAUAUUCUUCGAAUGUCGCGGCGGAAAUUUCACAGGCUACGACGAAUGUCCCUCUGGCACUUCCUUCGACCCCUUGACCCUGCGCUGCCAACUGCUGGACCGUGCCACGCCCCCUUGCGGCGAGGGCCAGGACCCCUCCUGCACCGAUCGUCACGACGGCUUCCAUGCCGACCCCUACGGCCGCUGCCCUUACUACUUCGAAUGUCGCAAGCAGCAGUUCGUGCGACAUCUCACCUGCGACUACGGCUCCUUCGACCCCGUCACCCAAGAAUGCGUCAUCCCCGUCGAACUGAUCCCGCAGCCCUGCGGCCUGCUCCCCAACCCCUGCGAGGGCCGCGCCUCCGGCUUCCACCCGGACGAGGACAGUCGCUGCCGCCACUACAUCGAGUGCUCGCGGGGUGUCAUGAUCAGCAACGGCACGUGCCCUCACGGCACCGUCUUCAGCUCCAUCAGCGGCCGCUGCGACCGGCCAGAGAACGCGCCGGCGCCGUGUGGCAUGGCCCCGUCCUGCGAGAAGAGGGCGGACGGUCGAUACCCGGCUCUCACCCGCGGCUGUAGUUUCUACUUUGAGUGCAAGGCGGAGAAGUUCGUGGGCCUGCGACAAUGCUCGUUCGAGGAUGGGGGCUUCUUCUUUAAUGAGAAGACGAGCAAGUGCGACUUUCCACAGAACAUUUGCCCGCCAUGUGGGUACCGGUGGUGGGGCUGCGGCAAGAAAUCUUUCUUCCGGUGAUACGACUGACCUGCUCCUAGUGCCAGUAUCUCCAACCAUCGACGCCCUCUGCAUAACGGAAGGAUCUGGAACUUUUCCGACGGACGGUUUGCUGGACGGUCGGCAUGCAGCAGUGUUCACUUUCAGCUUUGUGUUUGUCGUCAGAGGCUGACCUUUGAUCUCAGUUUAGACAUGGGAUAGUAACGUCCAGGUCAUCUUUGAUAAUGCUUUUCCUCCGCAGCUAACAUUGUAGGAUUUUUGAGAUGUGUUUAUUCCAACGCGCAUGUCUUGAAUGUCCUUAUCUCUCUUUUUUUCCUUGUCUGUGCGUUUAUUUGUCUUCUUUCUCUCCAGCCAUCCUCCAUCCCAACACCCUUUAAAGUAGAAUGUUUGCUUAAGCUUUAGCCUUAUAAUAAUCUUUAUGAAGUGUACCGUCGCACCCACAUCAGUCCAUCGAAGUUCACCAUGCAUCAUCAUUGCCAUUAUCCUUUAUCAGUGAUAGAGCACAGACACAUUUCAGGUGCGUGUCCAUGGUUACAGCCGUGAAACUCGUGAAUAUCAACUUUCUCGCGAGCGAGGGAGUGUAUGAUUAUGUAUAUAUUGACACGUGCAUCUACAUCUCGUGUUUAUAGUGUGUGUGUGUGUUUGCACAAAUGCUUAUGUUUGCGUGUGCAAAAGCGAUUGUAAGAGCAGAGCGACUGUCAGAGACAAGGAUGGAAAGAAAGAAAAUGGAAGUGAGAUUGAAGACUGAGAUAGCGAGAGAUGUACAUGACUGUGUGAGAUAUUAUGAAUUACAAUAGUACAUUCUACAUCUGUUUGUGUGAUUUCGCGAUAUGUUUUCUUGUUAUUAGGUGUAAAGCCCAUUCGAAAUUGCAUUGCCCAAUUGUACAUACUGAAAUUUACUGAUGUACAGAUACUUAUGAGAAAAGCUUGCCUGGUUGCGUGCGAAUGUAUGACUACAUGCAUGCGCGAAUAUAUAUAUAUGUGUGUGGAUAUAAGCAAAUGAGUGAGUGAGAGCAAGUGCUUCUAUGUGUGUGCGUAUGCAUGCAUGCCCAUAGUGAUCAUAAGUAGCUACACAAUUUUUUUCAAAAAUAUAACAUAAAACUAUUACUCUUACUGUGUUAUUUUUGUACGGUCGUAUUGAAAAGUUCUUUAAAUCAAGUGUGAAUGGCUCUGUGUAUUCUAAGAUACGUACAUUGCACAUGCACACAUACACACACUAUAUCUCUGUCA